GAUAUUAUUCCAAAGGUAAUUAGGCUUCUUCUUCUUUCAUCAUCUAUUCUAGGUCAUCUCACGAUGUCAGGAUCGCCAACGGCCGAGGAGAACGGCAUAAAGAAGGGGCCAUGGACGCCGGAGGAAGAUCGGAAACUGGUGGAUUAUAUUGAGAAACAUGGGCAUGGAAGUUGGAGAGCUCUUCCAAAACUUGCUGGUUUGAAUAGGUGUGGCAAGAGUUGUAGAUUAAGGUGGACUAAUUACCUUAGACCUGAUAUCAAAAGAGGAAACUUUUCUGAUCAAGAGGAACAAAUUAUCAUCAACCUACAUGCUUCUCUCGGAAAUAAAUGGUCGAUAAUAGCUAGUCAUUUACCGGGACGAACAGACAAUGAAAUUAAGAAUUUUUGGAACACUCACUUGAAGAAAAAGCUUCUCCAAAUGGGCAUCGAUCCAGUCACCCACAUGCCUAUAACUGACCAUCAUCAUCUCACCACUCUCUCAAAUCUUCAUCACUUGCUUUCUCUUAAUGAUGCCACUCAACUUGCAAAAGCUCAACUCCUCCAAAAUCUUCUGCAACUUCUAGCCUCUCAAUCUUCCCUAUCCAUUUCCAAUAAUAACGUCUUCAACACACAACAAAUCUUAGACCUAAACUAUAAUCUUCCCAUUGGAUCAUUUCUCCAAAACAUCCCAAUCAACAUAGAGCCACCACAGGAGCCAUUAUCAUGUGAUGACUAUACAGUGGGCACGGAUGGCGUGUUAGGGUUCCAAAACGAUACCGAUCGAUUAAAGACUUUUUACGAUAUGAAUCAAAGGUUAAACUCACUUCCCAACUUGAUUCCAGCUUCUCCUGAAUGCUCGAAAAUUCCAACCAACAUAGAAAAUAAUUGGGAGGAGGAUCUUAUGGAUGUGGAAGCUUCGGAUUCUUCGUGGAAACAUGUCAUAGACCAAACUCCUCCGUCAUGGACGGUCUCGUAGAGGUUCGGUACCGGAUGUCACUUCUUAACAAAUCGUGGCGAUAUGUGAAGAGUCGUUUUUUACAUUUUCUUUGUAAAUGAAUAGAUUCGUUUGAGCUUUUAAUUAUUGUGUACAUGAUUCUUAUAUAAAUAAUAUGGGAUCAGGACGUUAAUUAAUAUUUCAUCUUGUGGAUUUUUGCUUAG